CUGCUGACGUCAUCGCUCCGUUUCAUAACGAAGCCGGUCCUCCACUUCCUGUCAACUUAGAUGCGACCAAGAGGCUCCAAAGACUCCCCAUAAACCUUUCCGGACCAUUUAUCUUUCGACGGUUUAAUUAGCGACUCACUCCUCAAACAAUCAAGAUGUCCGAAGAGGAUAAUGAUUCCAAGUUUAUGCGAAAAGCAAAGGAGAAUCCAUUCGUCCCAUUGGGAAUGGCCGGAUUCUUUGCCAUCGUUGGGUACAGACUGAUGAAAAUGAAAAAUCGGGGAGACACAAAAAUGUCAGUUCACCUGAUCCACAUGCGUGUCGCUGCUCAAGGCUUCGUGGUUGGAGCCAUAACUGUUGGGGUCCUGUAUUCGAUGUACAAAGAAUAUUAUGUGAAGCCCAGAGAAGAACGGAAAGCACUGACAGAGAAGUGAACACUCCGAAACUGACAUUUUUAUGCCUCUUAAUAUUACCUCAUGUUGAGGGGUGUAAAAUGUGCAUUUUUUUUUAUAGAUGCUUCAUAAUUUGUGUAUGCACACCUCUCCCUCAGCUGCUCAACGCUAAUGUCCUUAGGAAUAACUUAUUGAUUACACUUAUCCUCCAGGUUGUGUACCAGAGGGUCUGUAUUGAGUAGGAGGUGUAUUGAUCUCGUCUAUCUUUAGCACCGGUUACCCUCUGACUGUUUAAUGUUGUUAACCUGGCGGCUUUGAUCUCUGUGAGGAAAGAUCUGGAAAGACGGCGGACCGAUUUGUUGAUGUCCUUGUGAAAACUACAAAAUUUCGACAGGCUAUGUCUAGAUCGGAAAAUAAACACCAUUGGCAGCUGA